AUAUAAGAGAAAUUCUAAAGUAUUCUUAACCCUCAAAAAUCAAAAUUUCAUAUUUGAAAAUGUACAGGAUCACCGAUUACAAAAUAAAUGUAGGAAGACAAAUUAAUCAAGCUUUUUUCAACUUUUUAGUGUGUUCAUCCCAAAAAAACAUAUUUUAAGCUACUAGGGUGUACAUUUAUAAAGUAAUUAUCUAUUAUGAAGUGAUGCAUUAUAUAAAGUAUGGUAGAAGUAUUAAUUUAUCUAUCUUUAUUGUAAAGUAAAGAUACAAUAAAUGUUUAAGGUUGCAAACAUAAUAUUUCUCGAUUCACCUGUUGGUGCUGGAUUUUCCUAUGCAACAAACAAUGCUUAUCUUCCCGGUGAUACAAAUACGGCAAAACAAGCAUAUGAGUUUUUGAAGAAGGGAUAUAUUCUCGGGAAUCCGGUGACUACUAAGUACCUUGAAGACCAAACAAAAGUUGAAUAUGUUCACCGUGUAUCCGUACUAUCCGAUCAAACAUAUGAGUCGGCCAAAGGAAGUUGCCAUGGUGAUUAUCGGCCAAUUGCUGCAAAAGGUAAUGCACAAUGCAAGAAGAGCCUUGAAACUGCAUCAAAGUGCAUUGUUCCAUUAGAAAAUGAAUUUGUCCUUGAAUCGAAAUGCUUCCAUCCAUCACCAGAUAAGUGGUGUCUGCAAUACUAUCAUGGUCGCAUGUCUGAAUUGUGGGCAAAUAACAUUAAUGUCCAAAAAGCUCUUUAUGUUCGAGAGGGAACGAUUAACCAAUGGAUUCGUUGUCGUGGUCACAACAAUGAUGAGUUUAACUACACUCACGAUAUCGAUAGUAGCGUCAGUUUUCAUCAAAAUCUUUCCAUGCACCCUUUCAGGGCACUAAUCUUCAGUGGUGACCAGGAUAUAUGCAUGCCAUAUAUGUUCACGUUGAAAUGGAUGAAGAAGCUAAAUGUCGUUCCAAAUGAUGUUUAUUGGAGUCCUUGGUUUCUUUACGGCCAAGUUGCAGGAUGUGUCACAGAGUAUUCAAAUGACAUCUACAAUUUGACAUUUACUACAAUCAAGGGAGCAGGACAUGUUGCCCCUGACUAUAAGCCGCGAGAAUGUUUAGCAAUGUUUCAAAGAUGGAUCAAAUUUAAUCCUCUAUAAUGAAAAUCAUCUACAUAUCUGUUAUAUAUUUGUUCAUUAAAUUUAAGGAAUUUAUAGAUUUGUACAAUACCUAAAAGGCAUGGAGCUGUAAGGUAGUUUGAUUUUGCACUUUUAACUCUCACAUUGAUUCUAGCUUAGUACUCGUAGUUAUUUAGUAAAUGAGGGCUAAAGUUCAAUUCAUUAUAAUUUUGUUAUGUAACAUUAAUAUGUUCAAUUUUCUCAAAUCGCUUGCUUAAUCAGAA